AUGGAUUUAUCAGUGAAGAAGAAAUCCAGUUUCGACAUAGACAGUAUCAUGAAGAAAGAUUGUCUCGUGAGUCCCCAAAGUAGUCCCCACCCUAUCCGCCGGGUGCCCAGCGCGGACCUGAACGAAAACCUACCCCCUGGUCAACAAACACCACCCGCGGGAGAGUCCCACCUCCAGAGUUAUCCAAACAUAUCUCUCACGAGAGCAAUGUUACACCACGUGGGCUACCCUGUUCCUGCUCACGCGAGCACGAGCCUUCUGCUGGCGGUGUCGUCUGCUCAGUCAAAUCUCUCGUCCCCGCCCACCCCACUGACGUUAAUUAGCCAGAACCCGUACACCAGUAAAGCCAUUAGUGUGACUCUGCCAACCACAACAGCGGCUCGGGAUUCAAGCGGACCGCACUCAGCCUGGAAUGUGCAGAACAAACAGCACAGGCAAACAGGGUCCUUAAACGACAAUUUUAAUUACUUAUCUCGCCCAAAGUCGACAAUCUCUCCGGAAUCAGGUCUUACUUCUUCUCCCGAUUUCUCUACGUCGAGACAAUUGGAGGGCGCAGGCGUCAGAUACAGAGCCGAAAACGAGGCCUUUGCGGAUGCCUCAUUGGAUGGCGGUAACUCAGGCAGCCAACCACACAGUUGUCAUCAGCCACUCGAACGCAGUAACAGGGACGAACAAGUAGGCCGAGCGAACCUGAGAGAAAGCCACAGCGUACGUGACAACAGGUGUUGCGAGAAGAGACAGAGUACUUUGUUACCACAGGGCUCGCCUUCCCCUUCGACAUUUACAAAGUUGUCAGGCACCGCGACACCUCCGAAACUUUGUAUCUCUUCAGAGUCAAGUGGGAACAUCAGUCCCAAGAUGACGUCGUCUGUGGAGCAAGAACAGGCUGAGGAAGGGUGCGAUGCCGGAGAGCGACACUGUGGGAAUCUGACUCUACCCAGUCGCACCCAGAGUCUGUCCGACACUGAACAGGAGAUCGAUGUCGACAACGACGAUGAUGUGUCCGCCGACGACAUUAACGACGGCUCGCACUCCGAGUCGACGGACGACAAAAAGAGCGACGGAAGCAGUGUCGUGGGUUGUUCAGAAACCGACAACGACUUUGAAGACUUCGAAAAGCGGAAACAGAGGCGUUACCGUACGACGUUUACCAGUUACCAGCUCGAGGAGUUGGAGAGAGCCUUCCAGAAGACUCAUUACCCAGAUGUCUUUACAAGGGAGGAGUUGGCAAUGAGAAUCAAUCUGACAGAAGCCAGAGUUCAGGUUUGGUUCCAAAACCGUCGGGCAAAAUGGCGUAAGAAGGAGAAAGUGGGGCCCCAAGCCCAUCCCAUCAGCCCCUACUCCAGCGCCCUCAGUUUGGCAUCUCGCUCCGUCCUUUCCCAACCUUCCUACAACGACUUGCUCCUGAAGUCUUACGAGCAACAGCUGGCCAGUCGUUACAGCAUAUUGUCUCAGAUUCACGCUGCCAGACCAAAUUUCUUGGGACCUUCCGCUAUCGGACUAGCCACAGCCGCCAAAUACGCUGGCUUAGGGCUAUCCUCUUACUCUCCCUUCGCUCCGAGCCUGCCCUCGCUUGCCCCGGGCACAUUCCAACAUCUUUUGGCGAAUAUGACGUCAUCGAGGAAAUCUCCCGAGAGCCUGGGCGAGAUCCCGUCGCCUCUUUCUGGACUCAGUGUACCGAAUACUACGUCUUUAUUGGACGCCGAUCGGAGGUCGACUAGCAUAGCUGCCCUUCGAAUGAAAGCGCGCGAGCACGAGCUCAAACUUGAACUUAUGUCCAGGUAUAAGGAUGUGGUGUGUUAA